AUGGGGUCCCCUUACACCGUAACAGUCAGUCCGCCAGCGACCUUAGGACCAGUACCAGACACAGCAAAUGAGAAGCGCCAUUGGGUGAGAGACAGGACAGGAAAAGGGGAACCAAAAAGCUUCAUAAAUCCAUGGGACAGUGCACACGACUUUACUUUUCCCGAACUAUUCAAAACUAUGAUGCACCACAAAUUCCUCUCAGGCAACAGCCAGAAGCCAGACACCACAAAAGCAACAAUCUCAGUCAUGAAACCCAGCUUCCUCUCAUCGAGAACAGGUUCAACGGCUCUACGCGCAACAUGGCUAGGACAUGCAUGUCAUUACAUUGAAUUCCCCACCGGUCUCCGCGUCCUCUUCGACCCCGUAUUCGAAGAGCGCUGCUCGCCCUUCUCCUGGCUGGGUCAUAAGAGAUUCACACCCUGCCCCUGCGAUGUUUCCGAUAUCCCCAUCAUAGACUGCGUCAUAAUAAGCCACUCCCACUACGACCACCUCUCCCUCCCCAGCAUCCUCUCCAUCCACAAACACCACCCAUCAGCGCACUUCCUCGUCCCAAAGGGUCUCAAAUCCUGGUUCACAGCCACAGGCAUCACUACCGUCACGGAGCUCGACUGGUGGGAAGACGUAGACCUGACAUUAACCCCCACCCCCGAAACCUCGUCUCCAACAUCUACCUCCUCGCAACCCGAAAAAAUCACAGCACGCAUCUCCUGCCUCCCAGCCCAACACACCUCAGCACGCACCCCCUUCGACAAAGGCCUCACGCUAUGGGCAACCUGGUCCGUCUCCUCAGGCCCCAAAUCCGUCUUCUUCGGCGGCGACACCGGGUAUCGACGCGUUCCCCUCCCUUCCUCCUCCCCCUCCCCCUCCACCUCACUCUCUCACCUGCCCGUCUGCCCAGCCUUCAAAGAAAUCGGAGAAUUCCGCGGCCCGUUCGAUCUUGGCCUAUUACCGAUAGGAGCCUACAGACCUCGACACGUGUUGAGCGCCGUGCACUCGGAUCCGUUUGACGCGGUGGAGAUCUUCAAGGAUACGAGAUGUAGGAGGGCGGUGGGCGUGCAUUGGGGGACGUGGGCUGUGGCUGAGGAGGAGGUUAUGGAGCCGCCGAGGCUGUUGGCGGAGGCGGUGGAGAGGAGUGGGUUGGGGGAGGGGGUUUUUGGGGUUUGUGGGGUGGGGGAGACGAGGGAGUUUUGA